UCUGUUGUUCUGGAAUGGAUUGCUUAUCUUGUCGUUGUCAGUCAAUGUGUGUAUUCGUGUACUAUGUUUGAUGUUUUAGUUUUACUACGUUCUAAUUGUGAGUACAUUUUACCACCCCGUGGGUUGUGCGAAUAUUUCCCUCCUUACAACUGAAAUUAGUGUAUUCUUUAUGUAUGUUCUGUGAUAAAAGAAGGAACCUACUGAAAACAUGGGGACCAUAGCUUUAGAAGAGUAUGAGUUGAUGAAGGAUUCCAAAUAUAGAGUGUAUGUGUCUGCAGUGGACAAAGCGCUCAAGAGUUUCGAGUACACCAGCGAGUGGGCAGACUUGAUAUCAGCUCUAGGAAAACUAAACAAGGUGCUAAUAAGCCACACAAAAUUCCCCGUUAUUCCUCGCCGUAUCAAGAUCAGCAAACGACUGGCACAAUGCAUGCACCCUGCGCUGCCAUCAGGCGUACACCUGAAGGCCCUGGAGACAUACGACAUCAUAUUCAAGUGUAUGGGCACCAACAGACUCAGCCACGAACUCUUUAUAUACAGUGCAGGUUUGUUUCCUCUACUGGGCCAUGCUGCAAUGAACGUAAGGCCGUCAUUACUGACUGUUUACGAGACACACUUUGUACCGCUGGGAGAGAGACUGGGACCCGGCCUCUCCGGAUUUCUUAGCGGAGUUCUGCCUGGCUUGGAGGAAGGCUCUGACCACUUUGAAAGAACAAACUCGUUGCUGGAGAAGGUGUGUGAGGGAGUUGGUGCGUCGCUGUUCUAUGGCUGUUUGUGGGACUGUCUAGCAUCCAACGCUGCCGUCCGACUGCCCGCCAUCUUGUUUGUAUUCACCCACUACGACCGUAGACUCUCCACGGAGGAUCAGCUGCACAUCAUGGGCACCAACAUAGAUAUCAUGAUUGAGGGGUUGUGUGCGUGUGUGCAUGACACCUCUGUGUUGGUGCAACGCAGUGCUCUGGACUUGCUGCUCAUCGGCUUCCCCAUGCACAACAGUCAGCUGGUCAAGUCGGACAUGACACGGCUCGUCACGGCUUCCCUGGCCACCAUCCUGCGACGGGACAUGUCUCUCAACAGGAGGUUGUAUGCUUGGCUGCUCGGCUCGGAGGUGAACAUCUCUCUGCUUAGCUCUGAGCAUCCUUUGGUCAAGAAGUGUAAAAGUUCCGAGUCACUGGCUUCGUCCAACCUCGCCAACUUGUAUUUUGAGAUGUACUCCAGAGAAAUGUUAGUGCAGGCCAUCAAGAAUGUGCUGAGUGAAGCGACAGGUCAGAAUCCACAUGACCUUCGACCUUACAGACUGCUGGUGUCCCUGCUGGACAAGGUAGACAUCGGGCCUGUCAUACUGGACGACAUCCUCUUUGAGGUCUUCAGGCUUUUGUACUUGUGUUGCUCUGGUUCCACCAAGUCUAACAGCGUUGAGCUGUUCAAGUCAGCUAACCUGCUGUUCUCGUCCCUGGAGCCCAAGUAUAUGUGGCAAUACUGUGGACAGCUGGUCGCCUCUGCUUGUGGCCGAACCCACAAUUCAGAUUCAGAGUCCUCACCUGUCCAUCAAGUCGGUUCUGGGGAUCCCGGCUUAGUAGAGGUUUGCGCCCUGACAGAGUUCCUGUUAGACACUGUGUCGCUGGAGACGUACUCCGACACUCCGAGUGAACAUCUUCCUGCAUUGUUUCUACACAUUGUUACCCUGCUGACGGACCACUGUGAUAUGCUUAGUCCCCUACAGACAGCUAGAGCAUUGCAACUGUGUGCCAAGAUUCUCACCAGAGUCCAGCCAACAAUAACUAGUCACCAGCAGCGCGACUCGGAGGAACAACAGAAGGAUGGUACAGGGACAGACACCACCAGUAUAUCCGAUACAGCCAGCCAGUCCAGCCACACAUCUGUCGCUACUACGUCCCCCGCAACUGCAGCUGUAUCGUCACAUCACUCAGUAUUGGAGCAGUGCCUCAGGCAGUAUGAAAAAUUUUAUGUCACAUUUGUCUACGGCACCAGACUGAAGGUUGGAGAGACCAAGAGCAUUUCAGUUUUGCUAGAAACAUUAAGAAUCAAGUCAAAUCAGACAAGUUAUGAGGAACGAGCAAAGCAGCUAGAAACACUGCUAAGGGCUGUACUUGAUGAUAAAGGAGGAGGGAGACCAGCAGUGGGGGAGGGAGAGCUGGAUGUUGCCCCUAUCUUCAUGUCAGGACGCAGGGUGGGGGGAGUGGCGGGGCUAGAAUGGGCCCCCGCCAUGACUGUAGCCUCCAGACUGUUGGUGGAUCUCUCCACCCUGCAGACGUUUUUCCAAGCCCCCUCCGCCAACAACAUCCUCGAUCAAAAUAAUCCAGAAAUGGAGAGCAGUAUAGACAUUCUACCAGAGUGGCUGAGAGUGCUGAUUGUAUGUGCUUGCUGGCUACACUCCUCUACUUCUCUACAGAUGAUAGCAAUCAGCACACUGCUGGACUUAGUUACGUUGUGCCGCACAGCCCAGUCUCUGGUGGCUAGUUCCAACACUGACCACCAGAGUGUGACGACAGUGCUGAUACUGCCUCUGCUCACCCCAGCUCACCUGCGCUACAUGGAGAACCACACAAAUAUAUUCCAGGUGAUCGCCCACUGGCUGUGGGGUCAGCUGCACAGCACGGUGGCUGCAGAGAGAGUACGCAGUGUGGAGUUGCUGCAUCAACUACAGAGUGCGUUGGCCUCCAGCGACGUGGUGGAGGAUUGUGUAGGGGAGGCUCUGAUGGCUCACUCCAGCGGUUCCAAGCUGGAGGCCUUCCGAACCUUCGCUACUCUCUGGCACAUCGGCCGCGAGGUCAACGCUCGUCUCGGCAACUCUCUCCGGGUCACUGAUAUAUUUUAUAAGUCGAUGCUGAAGAUGCUAGAUAAUCUACAGUUGCCAGACAGCAGUGCAUUGAAGGUAGAAGCUCAGAAUUGGCUGCUACACUCUCUACUGAGGGGCGACAUUCAUAGACUGUUGGACCCUAUAAUGAUGAUGCUCUUAGAUCCGGCAACUGCUAGAGUUAGUGUACUUCAUGUACGCAUCCAACAACAUGACGAGACGAGUCAAACAGAUACGGCCAACGCUGAUGACAAGACGCCACGGAUCUACGCUAUCAGCAGUGUGGAUGGAAACGUCAUCUACCAUGUGUCCGAAAAAAGCGAGACCAAACCAGGCAAGGCCAAGCGAGUGUUUGCUGUCCAGACCAAACUGGCCGGACAAGACUCGUCUAAACUCAACAGCAAGUUUGUCACAGAGAAAAAAGCUACCUUAAAAACAGACGACAUGGGAGACCCUUACCAAGCCCACUCGAAAAAUCUAAAUUUGUUACAGAAUAUAUCUGUGUUUGUAAAUCCAUUUUCAAGAGAAGGAGCACAUAAAAUAGAAGCUAUAAAUACGGAUUUUGACGAUUACUACGAAGAACAAAAAGAACAAAACGGUGAUUUGAUCGGGAAAGCUGUAAGAAUAACUGCGACUGAUUUAGAUAAAAAUAAAAGUAAAUCUACAGAAGGUUCGAAUAGGUUAGUUAGUGGUGAUGAGAAACGGAAAAAUGGAAACUUGAAGGUACAAAGGAACAAUUCUUUAACAUCUUUGGACACCGAGUUUGCACGAAGCGAUAGUAAUCAGACUACAAAAUCAUCAAUAGAUCUUCUUCAGCUAUCUUCACUUUCAGAUACAAUCUUUACUAAGGUGAGCGACGGGGAAAGUUUGAUCGAGAAGGCGCGUAAUGGACGUGGUUCAGUGUCUAGUGAAGGUCUGGCGACAGCUGCUAGUGGAGAUGGGAACGGAGAACUGGUGCGGAGUUGGUCGUUCCCCGGUAAAGACUCGGAUUCUUGUGAGCCGGAUGAGUCGGCUAGUGCAGAGGAUUACUUUAAGGCACCUAACAUGUCCGAGGCUUGUGCUGUUGUGGAGGAAGUGGUUAACGACUUGCUGGACAGAGUGGCUGCGCUCUCUGGAGAAGUGGAGAUUGUGAAAGAGUCAUCCAGCUCUGAGCCGAGUCUACGCAGCAACUCCAUGUCAACGCCACGAGCGCCACGACGCCACCUGCAGUACAGGGCCUCCUUAACCUCUGGCCCAGUUGACCACCUACACUCCCACCUGCUGCUCUACUGUGGCGUUUACGACAGCCAGCGGGCGCUCUACGCGCUACACACGGUGCGCAACAUGUUGGCCACCAAUGCUAGGGCGUUCCUCUGCUCAUCAUCCACCACCGGUCUUGUCUCUAGGUCACCACUGCUAAAGCUGGUCUCCAGACAUCGCAAGUCCAUCUUCGGCCGAGGUUUCCUGGGAGAGUUGGACGCUAGCAGCACUCGCAGCUGUAUGUAUGUAGAAGUGAUAAUCACCACAUGUAUGUACUACAUGCGCAGCUUCUACCCCAACCUGGGCCAGAACAAACUGACAGCAGACGAGAUACAUGCCAACAGACAGGUGCAGAUCAGCAGUGUAGAACUGUUGUCGUUAGUGUGUUACGAGUUAACAGCCAUUGUGAGAGACAGUGGCCGAGGACUGGCUUGCUACUUGAAUGACCUCCUGUCUCGGAUAAAGCUGCAGAAGAUCACGCUGCACUGUGUACUGACCAGCAUCCCUACCUCGGCUAAGGCACUGCGGUCGUUCACUCAUGAGAUCCUCACGUUCAACGAGAACACUGACGAAAGUCUGGCAAACCAGAGCGAGGCGUUCCAAGUGCAGAUAUUGAGGUUUCUUCUCUCACUGAUAAUGUUGGAGCACGAAGUGAACCAGCGGAAGGGUGAGGGUGAGGAGACGAAACAUGAGUCACACAGUAAUGGAGAGCUGCGGUACGUGACAGGCCGACCCCUCCCUCAGCAGCCGAUGUUGCUGACAGCUAUCCUGCGCGCACUAGAGGCCCCGGGACGAGCUAGCUAUGCACACACUCACUGGACGGCGCUGGUGACCUGCGCGCUGCCGUACCUGGGCUCGUCCCUUACCAAGGUUGUCACCGCUGUGGUGAGACAACUGUGCGCCAAUGUGGAACAGCUGAGCCGAGCUUACGAUCCUGUGGUUGCAGAUAGUGUCAGUAUGCCAGCCGACUACGCUAUCACGCAGGUGGAGGCUUUGACAGUUCUAUGUCACUACUGCCUCCUUGAUACAGCCACUCCCUUCACCUCCCCUCUAGGCGGCACCUCUACACCUGCACAGAUAUUCAACAACCUCAUACAUGUCUUCAUGCCGUCGCCCCUGCUCAUGAACAAAGAGAAGCCCGAGCCGCAAGCGACGGCCCGUAAAGCGGUGCUGAGCAACUUGCCCCGUGUGAUAGCCAGUGUCGCUGUGCUGUGGCAUGCGCUCACUCAGCGGAAAGAGAGGGAGAGUGAAAACUGCGAGGCAGGCAGUGCUAGAGUAGUCAGACAACAGCUGUUGGAGUUCCUCAGUCCCAUCGCACUGCAUCACGGCACCAGCUUCCUGGCGGCCAUGGCAGUCGUGUGGCGGGAACGCAGACCUACCACACUGCAGACCAACUACACUGUGAUGUCUCCGGCCAGUGAAGGUCAGCAAGUGUUGGUUCAGCUGCUGAGUGCCAUCAAAGCCAUGCCGAUAGACACCCUAGUGCAGACGCUACACCAGGUGGUCAAACAGCCUGCCAUGAACCAGCAAACCGCCAUGAGUGUGGAGGUGUCGGCUCUCGAGCUGUUCCACCACUACUUACAGCUGGUGGCAGGGGUGAGUCUAGCGGAGAGCUGGGGUUCGCUGCUGUCACUGCUGAGAGAGGGGCCGUCACUGUCUGCCCCCGCACAGUUCCUGCUGGUGGGCGUGCUCAGUCAGUUUGUGCACCGCUGCCCCCCACUGCAGGACAAAAAGGACCACCGCGACCUACAGGACAUCACUGCCAAGCUGGUGGAGUCGUGUUCGCAAAUCGCCGGUGCUAAUCUGGAACAAACGACGUGGUUGAGGAGGAACUUGGCCGUGAAAGAGGAGGAAAUCCCACAACCUCCCUCGCCUGAGUGUGCUGAUAAAUAUGAAGAAAUAGAAUCAGAACCAGUGGUUAACGGCAUAGACAACCUUACCUCUUACGAUGUCUCGCUCUCGCCGGCUAAGAAGAAUAAGUCCAAAUCGAAACUGAAACGAGUGACGAAAAAGAUCCGGCAGGACGCUGAAAAGCUGCAAAUCCGAGCACUACAUCAAUGGUUUUCUCGCUCAUUUGUGCAUGAGGGAAAUUUCCCUGUAGACACGGAAAGUUUACGAAACAGUCCGGGCACAACAUCAGUGGCCCAAUACAGUGUGACCGCUCUAACCGUGUUGGCGCAAAUGUUGGCACCAUUGCUAGAUGUUACGUACGGCAGCCAGGAGAAGGAGAGGGUGGUAGCACUGCUUACCGCACUCAUGUACAACGUCACACCUUACCUUAAAAACCACACGCAGAGGAAUGCGGCCAGUUUCUAUGCAUGUUCUCAGCUGGUGGCUAGCCUGUCAGGGUUCCAGUACACUCGCAAGGCUUGGCGCAAGGAUGUGAUGGAUCUGCUGCUAGAUCCGGCGCUGUUCCAGAUGGAGACACGGACUCUGGCAUACUGGCGCACCAUCGUGGACAACCUGAUGAGUCAGGACACAGCGACCUUCCGCGACCUCAUGAGCAGGGUAUCGAUGAGCCAAGGUAACUCGUUGAGUCUGUUCUCUUCCCGAGAGCAAGAGUACGAGCAGAGAGCUCAGCUGCUGAAGCGACUCGCCUUCGUCAUUCUGUGUAGUGAGAAAGACCAGUUCCACAAACACACGCCUGACAUACAAGAGAGACUUGCGGAGAGUCUACGUCUGCCACAGGUGGUGCCAGGUGUUCAGUCCCAGGUGUUCCUCUGUUUCCGUGUGUUGUUGUUGAGAAUGUCACCUCACCAUGUAACCUCUCUGUGGCCCAUCAUCGUCUCGGAGGUGGUGCAAGUUAUGCUUCAUAUGGAACACGAUCUGUCCACCGACACCGAAGAGUUCAGGAGAAACAACAGUUCGCACAUCCGUCUGUUGUCUGCGCUGGACUUGUCAUGGGUAGUGAACAGCAACAACGGUCUCCACGCUAACGGACAUCCCCAUUGGCUACAGCUGCAACUGGCCGCGGCCAAACUGUUGUAUCUGGCCGUACAUCUGCCCGCAGACACAUUGCCACAGUUCCAGAUGUACCGGUGGGCGUUUGUCAGCCCAAAGUGUAGCACAUCUUCGUCUCAAGUCAAUGCAGAUUUUGUACCUCACGUCACAAGAAUAGCAAGGCUAAUGGAUGUCAAGUUUGGAGGUGCACCAGAGAAGCUGCCGUCUCCACUGCUACCUCCGGGUAGUUCUAUACGAGCUCUCAGCGACCUUCAUCCGUUCUUCACCGUCAUGAGCAGCGGACACUUCACUCCCCUGUCCCUCGCAGAGCUAGAGACCGACAUAGAACAAGACUUCUUAGAGCCGAUGCCUCCACGGUAACUCCUCGGAACAUUGUAAUUGUAAACUUCUGUAUAAAUGUAUAUUGUACAAACGGGAUUUUAGAGCUUCUUAGGGCAUUUUUAAUUGAUUGAUUUCUAUUGUACAUAAUAUACUAUAUUGUUAUUCGAAAAUCUAUUUACCAUUUAAUUUAUCAGAUAAUGGGACUCUACAAGUCAUUAUUGAUGUUAUUGUUGACUAUGAAUUUAUUUUAUUGUUGGAAUUUACCAUUUGAAUAUUAAAUAUUGUGUUGUAAUUUAUCUGUCAUUGUUUUAUCGAGAUCGUCUUUACUUUAUGUUGAUGUAUCAUGUAAAUAAUGUUUCGAUCAAUUUGUAAUAUUUUUUGGAUAAAGUUAGGUAUUGUCUAAACAUUGAAGUAUUUUAUUUGAUUGACAACAAAAGUGAGCUACCAAGUUUGUGCUGGUGCUAGUUAUUUUACUUGUUCAAAAUUGUUUUUGCUUUUAAAAUGUGCACAUAAUUCUGUACUACAAUAUUAUGUACUUUAGUAUGACCAAAUUAAUUUUGUUACAACUACACUCUACGAGUCCUGCGGAAGUAAUUUAAACACAUUAAAGUUUUAUGAGUUCUUGUAAAAUAACCUACAUCUCUUGCACCGAUAGAUCCAAAAUUCUAAACCGCUAGACUUACACAAAUCAUAUGAUAAUUUUUACCUCAAUUAGUACUGUAUUUUAUUUACAUUAUAUUUUAUAAAUUUUACCUCAGAUGACAAAUCGGUUGUUAAAAGUUGGAACGGUGUUAAGUGAGUUUAAAAACUGUUUAUAAAUUAAUGCAAUUUAAAUAUAUGAGCCGAGUGGGCAUCAUGUUGAAUUUCUUUUACACAUUGACAUUAAUGACGUAAAGACUUAACUAAUUUAUGAAAAUAAUAAAAUAAUCAACUUUAGCAAUAUACAUGUAGCUCAUAGGGUGGUAUAAAUAAUGUAUGUAUAGUUUCAAACAAAUUAUUUUUGUUCUCAUAGAAUCAUAGUUUUGUAAUAUACAAAAAUAUGGAUUUCUAAAGUUGAUUUAUAAAAUAACUUAUAAUUAAGGUUACAAAUUUUUCGAACAAAGUUUGUGCCUUAAGUAUUGUGGUAAUAAACGUUCAAAAAUUGUCUGGAACUUGGACAAAAUUGUGUAUUGAGUUUAAAUGAAAAUUGUCAUUCUUAAUUGACAUUUCAAGUGAGUAUUGUGAGAUUUUUAAAUUUAUUAUUUAUACUACUUAAGGUACUUUUUUGUAGCAGAAACCUUUAGAAAAUAGAAUAAAAAAUAAUACCUUAAGUUUAAUUUUGUAUCAUAAACCUAGCAGUGUUUUCAGUGUCCCUAACCUAGAAUCAAAAUAAUAGAUCCUUUAUAACUUCAGAGAGUAUUUAAAAGUAUUGCAUUUAGUAAAAGUUUAGUAAAAUUAUAGCGUUUUAUUGUUGAUGAUUAAUAUUUACAGGAUUCUUCUAAUGAAACUUAGUAAAUAGUUUUAUUUUUUGUGCUGUUUAUUUACCAUUGCUUUGUUAAUUAAUUCGAGUUUGAGAUUUAAAUAUUUUUGAUUGUGAUUAUGGUUGGUGCUCUUACUUAGUUAGGUCAAUUUAUUUAUUGUAUUUUGAAUCAAACAUUCCAUAUUAUGAGUGCUUUCUUAGGUGUGUCUACAACUGGACAUUUGUUUUGGUUCUCUACCAUUUCCAAAGCAGACGUCCAACAUUGCAGUAUAUUUUCUUAGAGCCUAUUUCACGUAGCUACCUUCCAGCUGCUUUAGGUUGUUAGACUGUUAAGUUUUUAGAAAAGUUUAUAUUUUUUACCACAAUGUGAUAUGAUGUAUAUGAUGGAAGGGUCAAUGAUAAUCUUGUUUCUAAGUGUUGUCUAUUAAAUACAGUCGAUAAGUUUACUUUACAA